AUGGCCAAGACUCAAAAGAACAAAGCCACAUCAUACCACUUGGGACAGCUCAAGGCCAAGUUGGCCAAGCUCAAGCGUGAGCUGCUGACUCCCAGCAGCAGCGGCGGUGGUGGCGGCGGAGCUGGUUUCGACGUCGCACGCACAGGUGUCGCCAGUAUCGGCUUUAUUGGCUUCCCCUCCGUGGGCAAGAGUACGCUCAUGAGCAGGCUCACUGGCCAGCACUCAGAAGCUGCUGCGUACGAGUUCACAACCCUGACGUCAGUACCCGGUCAAGUCAUGUACAAUGGCGCCCCAUUACAAAUGAUUGACUUGCCCGGUAUCAUCGAGGGAGCCAAGGAUGGCCGUGGCCGUGGUCGUCAGGUCAUUGCAGUCGCCAAGACAUGCCACUUGAUCUUUAUCGUUCUCGACGUCAACAAGCCUCUCACGGACAAGAGAGUCAUCGAGUCCGAGCUGGAAGGUUUCGGCAUCCGCAUCAACAAAGAGCCGCCAAACAUCACUUUCAAGAAGAAGGACAAGGGCGGUCUCAACAUCACCAACACGGUGCCAAUGACCCACAUCGACCACGACGAGAUCAGAGCCGUCAUGAGCGAGUACCGCAUCAACUCGGCAGACAUUGCCAUCCGCUGUGACGCCACCAUUGACGACCUCAUCGACGUCCUGGAAGCCAGGAGUCGGAGCUACAUCCCCGUCAUCUACGUCCUCAACAAGAUUGACGCGAUCAGCAUCGAGGAGCUCGAUUUGCUGUACCGGAUCCCCAACUCUGUACCAAUCAGCUCCGAGCACGGGUGGAACGUCGACGAGUUGAUGGAGGCAAUGUGGGACAAGCUCAAGCUCGUCCGGGUCUACACCAAGCCCAAGGGCAAGCUGCCAGAUUACUCGGCUCCUGUCGUUCUCCGCUCGGGCCGAUGCACAGUUGAAGACUUUUGCAACGCAAUCCACCGUAGCAUCGUCGAGCAAUUUAAGACGGCCAUCGUCUAUGGCAAGUCUGUCAAGCACCAACCGCAGCGUGUGGGCCUUGCCCACGAGUUGUGUGAUGAAGAUAUUGGUAAGUGGAAGCAACCAGCAAGCGCCGAGAGAUAG